AUGGACGAGGAAGAGCAUGAGGUUUACGGAGGAGAGAUCCCCGACGUCGGAGAGAUGGAAGGAGACGUCGACAUGUCCGCCGCCGACGAUGAGGCCAGCGGUAUGAAGGAGCUCGACGAGAUGCGGCGGCGCUUGAAGGAAAUGGAAGACGAAGCCGCCGCUCUUCGCGAUAUGCAUUCCAAAGUCGAGAAGGAGAUCGGUUCCACUCAAGAUCCUGCUGCUACAGCUGCUUCUCAGGAGAACAAGGAGGAGGCAGAUGCUCGUUCUGUUUUUGUUGGCAAUGGUUGUUGUUAUUACUCAAGUCCUGUGAUAAGCGCUGGAUGCUAA